AUGGAUGGUUGUUCGUCCUCAGUCCAUCCUCCCUCAUUUGUGCAGACGGCCCCCGCAAGCAACGGUCAACUUUCCCCGUCGUUACGAAGGUCUCUCCGCGAACGCCGGUCCUAUAAGCCGAAUCCUGAGUAUGCAGAUCCUCUAAUUCAAGUACCCUCGGCACAUGCUUUAGGGCGUACCAGUCACAGGUCGUCAUUGUCAGCUCGCGUGUUUGCCCCUCUCACACCUAUCAUCGCUUCACCAAUUUCCACGCCUGCUACUAGUAUAUCUCCAAACACUUUCUGUCUCAAUUCAGAUACGGAGGAGGAACAAGACCACCAAAGCUCGAAGAGUAAAAGUGAGGUGGAUUAUCUGAGUCAAGGAGGCUCCGUGAGGUCUCCUACGUCGAUCCUGACGCCUACAUGGACCUCCACGCCUCCCACGCCUCCUCCAAAGUUUGUACAUAGAACUUCCAGCUCCAUUUCGAAUCGGCCGUCUUCAUCAUUGACCCCUUCAAUCUCGUCACCCGCAUCGUGCUGGCAUGACCCGUUAUGCAAUGGCGAGAAAGCAAAACGUCGGGCCUCCCUCCCGCCUAUGUCGUUGUCCAAGCCUCUCCCUCCAACGCCUCCGCCGCCGCCACCGUCUAUAUCCAAAAGUCCUCGUGCUUACCAUGUUCGGAAGGGCUCGAAAAAUAACGGAAGUCCACUCCGGGCAAUCGUGACCGAGAACCAGGCCGAGCACUUCUUGCAAGGACGCGAAAAGGGUCGUCUCUCUUCUCAGCCUUCACGCCCCAAACCUCUUUUUCAAAUACCCGACGACGGAAAUUCAGAUAAGGAAGAUGAUAGUCAUACAGUCGAGAGCAAACUUAUCAGUAAUGCAGUGGGUUUAGAAGAACCUGAUUUGAAGUCUCCACGGUCGUUAUCAGCCACGACUAGUAUUUCUUCAGUAGGACAACAGAGCAUUAUCGGAAAGAAGGAUUUCGCUCGAAAAUAUCACGCAUUGAUGGAGCUGCUCACUACCGAAACGGGUUAUCUGAUAGACUUAAGGAUUUUGGUCACGGUUUACCUUCGACUGCUCCCCGUUUUGACUAAUCGACCGAUUACAUCCCCAUCCCACUUCAGCACGUCGUCCAACCUGACGCUAUCUCACUUCUCUCGUUCUCCGUCGUCUUCUUUUGCGAUGACGGCUCUUAAUCCCAGUCCUCGGGCAAAUUCUUCCUCUCACGUAGCUGAGCUUAACCAGUCCGUUUCUUCUGGUCCUUCCGGGGGCCAAGUAACGCCGCCAGGCGCUUCCUUUUUGGCGAGGGAGAAAGAUAAGAACGCUUCCCGGUAUCUGUUUUCCAGCCGUGAUUUGGAUCUGGUAACGCGCAACGCUGAAGAUCUCCUGAAUUUUCACGAAAAGUUCGUUCGCGAGUUACAGGCCACUGUCGCCCCUCUUGGAUUUUCCACGACCUAUGAUGCAUAUCAAAGUUCAAGUGAGGCAAGCGGUCAACAAGCAGACCUCGACAUUCCCUCUUUCCGGAACCUCAAUGCUGCGAUCGAAGCAAUUUGUAAACAAUUUGCCGCGCAGGCAUCUCAGUUCAAUUUGUACCAGUCUUUUUGUUCUGGCCACCCAGAAGUCUUCGAUCUGUUUCGUAAAGUUCAACAGGAACAUCCCUCCGAGUGGGAUUUUUUCGAGCAACGGUGUGCAACCAUGGCCACUAGCCUUCGUCUACAUGCGUCAGAUCAAGCCCAUGCUGAAGUUGUAGCAAAGGGACGGCAUGAAGGUCAUGGAAAAAGUAGUAUAUCUAGUACGGCAACCCAAAAAAUGAGACGACAUUCACUCUCAUCUCUGGAGAUACCUACGCGUCCUCAGGUAUUACAGCAGGCCAAAUCAAACUACAAUCUCAAAGCCCCAGCUCCAAGUGCAUCCGAAACUGGACACCAUGAGAGUAACCAACGCGACAAGGGUACUCGGCUUGCCUUUAUGGACUACCUUAUCAAACCUGUACAGAGGAUCUGCAAGUACCCCCUUUUACUAGACUCACUGCAGACAAACAAUAAAACUGGAGAAAAGGGUGGCUCUCAGGCUCAAGGCUCCGAACCUGUCGCCAAUGCUACGCCCUCCGACUCGACGGUUGAAUUAAGUGUCCAAGCCGCUUUGCAAGCUAUGCGUCUUGUUGCAAGCUCAGUAGAUGAAGCACGACGUUGCCAGGAUCUCGCUGUCAAGUCGUCACUUAUUGUCACUCGUAUCUCCCAAUUCUUAUCUCAGUCUACGACAUCCUAUACCCGCCCUAGUGCUCAGCUGACGCAGGCUUUCUUAUCUUCACUAGGUCCCUGCCGUUUGGCUGGGUCGCUUGACGUCAUCCAUUAUCACUCACAGAAUUCAGGCAGUAAUGGAACAGUCAAAGCAAAAUACCUUGGCUCAUUCCUAUAUCCUGGUGGAUAUCUUAUCCUUGUUAAGGUUACUAAGGGUAGACUUUAUGAACCAAAGCACUGGUUUUCGUUGGCUGGUUUCGACCUUGUGGAUGUUGAGAAGGAUCAAGAUUUACUACCAAAUUGGUUUCGUCUAUCGUCUAAAGGUCACUUGUUAGAGCUGGCAGCAUCUUGUCGUCGGGAAAAAGAAAUUUGGAUGGCUGCUAUUCAUCAUGCUCUAUCUAUGCCUAGGUCAUGGACAGAUGAACCUGUGUCUAGCCUGCAAGCAGACGGCAAAUGCGAUUUCGUUGCCUCAAUGUUAGAAGAUGCCCCCUUCGAGAUCAUUAAUGCCCUCCCUACUAUACAAUCGAUCCCUGAACUAGACAUUGACAUCGAUAGUCUCAUUCUAGACGACAAAGCUCCUCCGCCGGCUGUUCGUGCGGAUAACAAUCAGCCGAAGAGACCAGAAAGCUUACCACCUCCCACCACUGUCAUGCCGAGCCGUCGCUCUUCUACUGCGUCUGUGAAGGGGUACUUUUCUCCUCUGUCCGAAUCAGACGUAGUCCAUCUUGUUCGGUCUACGGCACCAGCUCGUGAACAAGUUGAUAGAGGACUACUGGAUGUUUUCUCACAAAACUGUCUUUCCGCGCGCUUUUACGCUCACUCUCAUGAAGAGGAGUUAUUCCAGGCCCAAAAAAUCUCUCGUUCCUUCUCAAGGUCCAAUUCUGGUUUGGGAAUGGCUGGUGCUAUGAGCGUUGCUGCGAAGAACAGGUUGACAAAACGAGAAAGCGUUCUUGUACCAAGAAGGAAAAGCUUUGUAGACGGGUAUGGAGUGCUAACCGAUUCGGAGCCUCACGUCGGUGUUCAAAAUUCUUCAUCGUCCAAAUCUUUGAGCAAGCGUAGGCAGCCCAAAAAAUUGAAAAUCGUCGCAGUGUCGAGGAACCUGUCUUCUGAAGGUGAAGAGAUUGGGGAUAUUUUAUCAGAAUCGCCCACUCCCAUCUCGCAGUGUUCGUCUCUCUCCGGAUCUGCUCUGGGACCUAAUGUCGAAAGCCCGCCAAUCGUUUCUGCGCCGCUUUCUGCACCCCCUACCGUCCUUAACGACGCUAGCAUCAAGCCGGAUUUUCUCGUGGUUCGCGAAGAUGAAUUCAUACCCAAGCGGAGUCGAUCCAUGGUGGAGAAUGUACGGGGUCUUUUUCAAUCGCGCUCAUCUUCACCAGCGCUUUCAUUGUCACGGCCAUCUUCCGAAGCUGACUAUGAACGACGCGGUAGUGGAUCGUUGACUCCAAUUUUACUAAAAUGGUGGUCAAAAGGAUCAUUGCGUCGGCGGGUGCGAAGUGCUCCUGAUGCUCCUGCGGAGGAUUCGCCUACUAGAACUUCGAAGUCAUUCAACGGUAUCCAAGUACAUCCAAUGCUUCCACCUGAAGGUCACUUUCGGCAAACGGAUCCCAGGCAGUAUGAUGUAACUCAUUCGAACAGUAUGUCUGCAUCAGACGUGUAUCUUUCACCACGAGACUCUCCAGUCCCUGUUCGAAAAAAGUCACUGUUUUCUCCUCAUUCUCCUCUUAAUACUCAUCGCGUGACGGCGAAUGUUAUUCCUUCGAUAACGCAUGAAGCCACGCCACGGAAACUUCGUCGGAAUCUAUCUAUUUUACAUCGUUUCAGUCCGUUGUCGAAUAGUAAAAUAUUGCAAACCUCAGGAUCAUAG